AACAACAGCUAGUCAGCAACAUCGGUAGCUUGCUAACCAACAACCGAAACGUUAAAGGUCUUUAGACUGUUUUGGUGUAUAUUAUUCACUGUGUUUUAAACACACUGCUGUCGUGUCUUUGUGUUACCCCAUUUAAUUACAUGUUACGUUGUUUCAAGCAGACCCACAGGCUGGUUAAGUUAGCAAUAGCACUAAUUUAGGCUAGUCGCUAAUGUUAGCUAGCUAGCUAGCAUCUCCGACCAUGAGCUCACCCAGCUACUCUCUCCCUGCUAAGAAAGAGGUCUGCUGGACGAAGAAAGAGGGUAUGUGGCUAAAUAUUGUCGUGAAAGAAGAAAGUGAAGAGGAGAACGUCACAGUAAAAAACGAAAUAGAAGGUGAGGAUGAUACAUUGAAAGAAGAAGAGAAAGACGUUUCAGUGAAAGAAGAGGAGGACGCAUUCAGAGGGAAAGAGGAUGGUGCCGUUUUUGGAGUGAAGGAGGAAGGGGAGAUUACUGUCACAUUGAAUGAGGAAGAUGAGACAGGAGAUCUGAUUAACACCAGAGUGAAACCAGACUCUCACUCUGACUACGGGAUGCGUCCUUCAGUGGAACCAGGCCCAAAGACGUCCAAACCUGCAAGACCACACCAUUGCUCCCAGUGUGGAAAGAGUUUUACUAAGUUACGAAACCUAAAAGAGCAUGAGAGGACCCACACAGCAGAAAAGCCUUUCCAAUGUUUGCAGUGUACAAAGAGUUUCUGCUGGUUAGGGAAGCUAAAAGUACAUGAGAGAAUACACACAGGAGAAAAGCCUUACCACUGCUCUCAGUGUGGAACAAGUUUUACCCAAUUAGGGACCCUAAAAACACAUGAGAAAAUACACUCUGGAGUGAAGCCUUACAACUGCUCUCAGUGUGGAACUAGUUUUACCCGGUCAAGGGACCUGAAAGAGCAUGAAAGAAUACACACAGGAGAGAAGCCUUACCACUGCUCACAAUGUGGAAAAACUUUUACCUGGUUAGGUAGCUUGAAAACGCAUGAGAGGACACACACAGGUGAGAAGCCUUACCACUGUUCCCACUGUGGAAAGAGCUUUCCCCUAUUAGGGAAUCUGAACAACCACGAGAGAACGCACACGGGAGAGAAGCCUUACCACUGCUCCCAUUGUGGAAAGGGUUUUGGACAAUUGGGGCAUCUAAAAGUGCAUGAAAGAACACACACAGGAGAGAUGCCUUACCAGUGCUCCCAUUGUGAAAAGGGUUUUGGACAAUUGGGGCAUCUAAAAGUGCAUGAAAGAACACACACAGGGGAGAAGCCUUACCAAUGCUCCCAUUGUGGAAAGGGUUUUACCCAAGUAGGGAGCCUGAAAACACAUGAAAGAACACACACAGGAGAGAAGCCUUACCAAUGCUCGCAUUGCGGAAAGGGUUUUACCCAGUUAGGGAGCUUGAAAUCACAUCAGAGGAUACAUACACGGGAGAAGAAGACCCCAGGAAGGGCAGCUGCUGCCUCAGCAGCAGCUAAUUUGAGUCCAUAAUAAAAAAUUCUAAAAUAUAAUACUCCCAGUGUGGAAAUAGUUUUGGACAAUUAGAGCCCCUGAAAUCACAUGAGCUACUAGAGGCUGUGUUCUGAGUUAUGUUUUUGACUGAGAAAGUGUUUUUGUUCAUGCCACAUGAAACUUAAUUGUCUGAAAGAUGUUUUUUUUCCAUCACAAAUUUGAUUAAAAUGUUAAAAUGUGUAUUUUAUUUUGAUUAUAAACUUUGAUUGAUUAGAUACAAGUAUAAACCUUUAGAUAUUGCUUGAUAUAUCAAAUCAAAUUUAUUUAUAUAGCCCUUCGUACAUCAGCUGAUAUCUCAAAGUGCUGUACAGAAAUCCAGCCUAAAACCCCAAACAGCAAGCAAUGCAGGUGUAGAAGCACGGUGGUUAGGAAAAACUCCCUAGAAAGGCCAAAACCUAGGAAGAAACCUAGAGAGGAACCAGGCUAUGUGGGGUGGCCAGUCCUCUUCUGGCUGUGCCGGGUAGAGAUUAUAACAGAACAUGGCCAAGAUGUUCAAAUGUUCAUAAAUGACCAGCAUGGUCAAAUAAUAAUAAGGCAGAACAGUUGAAACUGGAGCAGCAGCACGGCCAGGUGGACUAGGGACAGCAAGGAGUCAUCAU